AUGAAGGCGAGAAGAACCGCGACAUCUGGGUGCCCAGUGAUCACGGGCCCUGUCACGGGCAAGACCUCCCGGCCCGAGUAUUCCGGUCCUGAAAUCUUUCUCUUCCUUGAGCUCGAACCGUCACACAAUUUCCUGUCAAUGGAUUUCAGUUCCUCCGUGCACUGGCUGUCAAACGAGUACCGCGACCUUAAUGGUACUACGGUCGAGGUUGUGGACUAUCCACCAACAGCCCUAGAGUUCGCUCGUCUGAUCCAUAUUUCAAGACCAGUCAUCAUCAAAGGGUUCCAUGUUCCUGCUCUGCAGCUAUGGAGCGAUGAGUAUUUAACUGAGCAGAUGGGAGAGCGUCAAAUAUCGGUUGCAGUGACGCCUAAUGGUCGUGCUGACGCCAUUACUGAAGGACCCGAUGGUCGCCUAUAUUUCGUCGAGCCAGCCGUUGAUAAGAUGAUUAUGAAGGACCUUCUCUCGGGGCUCAUAUCGGAUACACAUGGCCAUGUAAAUGGAGAGAUUCGGUAUCUCCAAUCACAGAACGGCAACUUGUUCUCGUCAGAGUCUUUUCGACAGCCUGAGUCUGAUAAACGUCGCUCUGAGUUUGCACCGUUGUUGAAAGAUGUCCCGAAGGAAAUCGGCUGGUGCAGCGAAGCCCUAGGCCACGUCCCGGAUGCAGUGAACCUCUGGGUCGGAAACGGACAAAGUAUUACGAGCAUACACAGUGAUCCGUAUGAAAACAUAUACACGGUGGUUCGCGGUCAAAAACAUUUCUUACUUUUACCUCCCACGGAUUCAUGGUGUUUACAAGAGAGACUAUAUCCACAUGCCCAGUACACGCGCGACAGUACUGGGAAACUAGAGCUUAUUCCUUCUGGGGAAGCGGUCCCUCAAGUACGGUGGUCGUCGGUGCAAAACCCAGAUCUUGCUGGGUCUCUUCCCAAUGAUGUCUCACCCAUUAUGGUAACCCUUAUGCCAGGAGACACCCUCUAUCUUCCUGUAGGAUGGUGGCAUUAUGUGCGUCAGACUGACCUUACCAUUGCAUUAAAUUGGUGGUAUGACGCAGAAUUGAGAGGAAUGUCCUGGGUACUUCUGAACUUUCUUCGAAAUCCAAUUGAAGUACCAUCUGGUAACAUAGAAGAACCAGAUCAAUAA